GUGUUCCCUCUAGCCUCCAACCAGGCAAAGGGAAAAUAUCAGAAGAGAGAAAACAAAAGAAGAAAAACCUGAGGGAAUAUAUGGUAUCGCAUUUGAUAUCAAGAAAAGCGUCUGGGUUUCAAUUCAUUAUUAUUCAGAACAAGAGUAUUUAGUUACUUUGUUCGCUGCUAUGCGUUCACUCUGAUAUGUUUCAACGUCUUGGCGCUCACCGCCACAUAUACCGCUCUCAAAUCUCCAAGUACGUUAAAACAGGACUCAUCGACAAAGCCAUUCAAGUGUUCAGCGAACUGACCCAAUCAAAAUGCCGCGUCUUGAGCUUGGAUUACAAUCGCUUCAUCGGUGUUUUGGUUCGCGAAUCGCGCUUCGAUUUGGCUGAAUAUUAUUAUUGUAAGAUGAAUCUCCAAGGUUUUUCUUUGACGCCAUUCACUUACUCGAGGUUUAUUUCUGGUUUGUGUAAAGUUAAGAACUUUAGUCUCAUAGAGAAGCUUCUUCAAGAUAUGGAUACUCUGGGUUGUGUCCCUGACAUUUGGGCUUUUAACAUUUAUUUGAAUCUUUUAUGUCAUGAGAAUAGGUUAGACAUGGCUCUACAGGUCUUCUCUAGCAUGUCUGAUAAAGGAAGAGAACCUGAUGUUGUAUCAUAUACCAUAAUUAUUCACGCAUUAUGUAAAUCCGAGCACCUCGAUGAAGCCACACAAAUGUGGGAUAAUAUGAUUGAAAAGGGGUUAUCCCCGGAUUGUAAGGUUAGCACGGCGCUUGUUAUUGGGUUGUAUAGUGGUAGAAAGGUUAAUUUGGCAUAUGAACUUACAGUAAGUGUUAUUAAGGGUGGAGUUGAUGUUAAUAAUUUGAUUUAUAAUGCUUUGAUAAGUGGAUUCUGUCGGAUGGGUAGGAUUGAUAAAGCACUAACUAUCAAAUCGUUCAUGAGGAGAAAUGGGUGUGAGCCGGAUUUGGUUACGUACAACAUAUUGUUGGAUUAUUGUUGCAAUGAGCUUAUGCUGGAGGAGGCAGUGAGGUUGAUGGAGAAGAUGGAGAGAAGUGGGAUGGAACUAGAUGUAUAUAGCUAUAAUGAAUUGCUGAAGGGUCUCUGCAAAGCUCAUAAGCUGGAGAAGGCCUAUGUAAUGAUGGUGAAGACAAUGGAAAGGAAAGGGCUGUGUGAUGUUGUUUCAUAUAAUACCAUUAUUAGAGCUUUUUGUAAGGCUCGUCAGAUCAGAAAGGCUUACAAGUUGUUUGAGGAAAUGAAUGGGAAGGGAAUUCAACCUGAUGUGGUGACAUUCACAAUCCUUAUAAAAGCUUUUUUGGAAGAAGGUAACUCUGAUAUUGCCAAGGAACUUCUUGAUCAAAUGACAAGUAUGAAUCUGCUUCCUGAUCGUAUAUUCUAUACAACAAUUGUUGAUUACCUUUGCAAGUCUGGGAAGAUUGAUAUGGCUUGCAGUGUCUUCAGUGAUAUGGUGGAGAAUGGAAUAAGUCCUGAUGUGAUCUCAUAUAAUGCCCUCAUAAACGGACUCUGUAAAGCCUCUAAAAUAACAGAUGCCAUGCAUUUAUAUAAUGAAAUGCAGAUGAAAAAACUCUGUCCUGAUGAGGUGACUUUCAAGUUGAUCAUUGCAGGUUUAUUAAAGGAAAACAAGCUUUCUGUUGCUUGUAGGGUUUGGGACCAAAUGAUGGAGAAGGGUUUUACACUUGAUAGAGUCCUUUCUGAGAGUCUAAUCAAUGCCAUCCAAUCAAGUGAUGCUACAUGAGGAAUGCAGUGAGCAUUAGUUUGGACUUUGGAGCUACUCAUUCAACAGGCAUUUCUCCUCGGUGUGACCAAUAUCUAGUUCCUUCUACCACAACGUUUACCCUGGAUGAAGCAAGUUUGUUUAGGAAAAUGUCUCCAUGCAACCUGCACGUAUCCAAGCAUGUUUGAAGUUCUUUAAACUCAGCACGUUUUCUUAAGCGGAGAAUUUGCUUCAACCCGUAACACUAUUUUGUCCUCUUUGCCUCUGCCAACUCCUAUCUGAUACAAGAUUAAGAGAACAAAAUGAAAAAUGCUUGGACGCAUGUAUCCUUUAGAGAUUGCAUAACGUUGUUGAAGGAUUCUGAAAUACCGAAUCUCAAGAUAUUUGGGGCAGUCUUCCUUAUCUGAUUAAUGCCAUGGCAGAGUUCGAAUUCGAUUCUACACUGUUGAAAUACUAGCAGCACGAGCGAAAUGUAACCAGGAAUUGUUAGAAGUCAGUGUUCAGGAAGUCGGUAAGCUUAUACUGUCAAGUUCAACUGUUGGACACACAUCUGACAUCUCUGAGUGCCCAUUUUGUGGGGAUGAAAAAUAUUCAUGGCAAUAAAACAGAGCUUGCCUUAAGCUUCUUUAUACAAUCAGUAGUUCUACUUAAGGAAGUUUGAGGAGAAAUUUCCCCAAGGCAUUUACCACGCGGCCAGAUUGGCCCCUCCGACUCCGAGCGGAUUUCAACUUGCGGCAGCAUCGGUUUGAUUUUGACCGUUCAGGCGUCUGUUGGCCAAGUUACAGAGCUGGUCUAGUGGGUGAUGUUUUUCAUCCUGGUUCACAGCAAUCGAUUUUAGAUUUAGGCUUGCUUGUUUAAAAUUACCAAAAAAAAAAAGUGGUUUCAGUUGAAUAAAUAUAAUGGAGUGGCUAACUGCGAUAAUUAGAUCAGCUGGUUGGGACUAUUCUAGUUUAACCAUGAGUUUUGAGUUCGAGAUAUGAGAAUGCAGCAUUUUAG